UUCCCCACAAAUCAUUAUUUUAUAUUUCAAGACUCAAUGCAGCACUGUUUCUGGCCCCAAAACCAAAGAAAAAAGAAGACCCUCAGCAGAGAGGAGUCUUUGCUGGAGUCUUCAGUCUUUUAUUUCUCUCUUUUCUGCCAUUUGAAUCCUCAUCUUCACAGGAAUUUUUCUAUUUUUCAUCUGGGUAUCAACUUUUUCUUCACUUGUGUUAUACUUUGGUGAAAGUUUGAUUUUUCUGUGUUGAGAUUUGCAUUGAUUCCCAUCUUUUUUGCAUGAUUCAACUCUUUUUUGAGGCUUGAAUGGGAAGAAAGAUUUAAUUUUUUUUUGGGAAGAGUGUUGAUUAUAAAUGCUCUAUGAUGUGUUAAAUGAUGAUGAUGAUGAGUCUUUUGACCAAGAAAAGUGGAAAUAGAGAGAGAAGGUUUGCCCUUUGAAAGCGAGAAUUGUUUCUCUUUCAGGUUUUCACAUCUCUCGUGUGUAUUUUUUGUUAAAUGUAAUGUUCUUUCUUGAAAGGCCGUUGAUGUGGAUAGUUUGGAGAGUCUUUUUACAAGGGGUUUGUGUCAUUCAAUAAUUGGGUGAUUCAAGAUUAGUUGUUUGACAAAAUGCCUAUGUAUCAGCCUUCAAAGAGAGAUGGGCUUGUUGGGUUUGAGGGUGGGCUUAUCUUAGAUCUUGAUACUGCAGUGAUAAAUGGAGUCUUGGGUGAAGUUGCAGGUGGGGGUUUUGGUGGAGGAGUUGGAGAAAAAAUUGAUCUGAAGAAAAUGAUAAAAGAGCUAAAUUUACCUGAAGUUCCAUCAGUUUUUAUUUGUCCCAUUUCUCUUGAACCAAUGCAAGACCCUGUGACUCUUUGCACUGGGCAAACCUAUGAGAAAUCCAACAUUCUCAAAUGGCUAAGUUUGGGACACUAUACUUGUCCCACUACAAUGCAAGAACUUUGGGAUGAUACAGUAACUCCAAACAAGACCCUUUAUCAUUUAAUCUACACUUGGUUUUCUCAGAAGUAUUUGCAAAUGAAGAAAAGAUCUGAGGAUGCACAGGGGAGGGCAACAGAGCUUCUCAAUACCCUGAAGAAGGCAAAAAGUCAGGCUAGAAUACAAGCCCUUAAGGAACUUGAACAAGUUGUCAAGGAUCAUGUCACUGCUAGGAAGUCUGUGGUUGAUGAAGGUGGAGUGGUUCUUCUGUCAUCUUUACUUGGUCCAUUUACUUCGUAUUCUGUAGGCUCUGAAGUUAUAGCAAUUCUUGUGAACUUGACUCUAAAUUCAGAGUCGAAAACGAAUUUGAUACAGCCUGCAAAGGUAUCAUCAAUUAUAGAUAUUUUGAACGAAGGAUCUAUUGAAACAAAAGUCAAUUGUGUUAGGUUAAUUGAAAAGCUGAUGGAAGAGAAGGAAUUUGAAGUAGAAAUUGUCUCCAGCCAUAGUUUGUUGGUUGCUUUGAUGAGACUGGUGCGGGAUAACAGACGCCCUAAUGGACAUUUACCUGCGCUUGGGCUUCUCAAAUCAAUUUGCACGCACGAUCAAGUUAGGAGUUUGAUUGUAAGCAUUGGUGCUAUUCCUCAAUUGAUGAAAAUGUUGCCUGUCUUGAGUCCAGAAAGCUUGGAAUUAGCCCUUUUCAUUUUGGAUGUCCUGUCAUCUGUGCAUGAAGGAAGACAGGCUUUGAAGGAUUGUUCCAACACUAUACCAAAUGUGGUUAAACUACUUAUGAGAGUUUCGGAAAGCUGUACAGAAUAUGCACUUUCAAUCUUGUGGUCUGUGUGCAAACUCUCCCCUGAUGAAUGCUUGGCAAUAGCUGUGGAUGCUGGUCUUGCAGCAAAGCUUCUUCUUGUCAUUCAGAGUGGUUGCAGUCAAGUACUGAAGCAGCGUGCCGCUGAGCUUUUGAAGCUCUGUAGUCUGAAUUAUUCAGAUACCAUCUUCAUUUCUAAGUGCAAACUGACCAGAACAAUCCAAUAAAUACAGAAUCUCGGUCAUUUCUAACCUGGGUCAUCUCCUUCGUUAGUGGGUCAAAAGGAGGUGAAGGGCUUCCAGAGAUGAAGCAUUGAAGUUACAAUCUUUGGUUAUUCGACGGGUAUUAUGCAAAAUGUGGUAUUGAGAUUCGAGAUCAGUUUACCGAAUGUAUCUGUUCGUGUUAGUGAAUUGACAUUCAUGGAGAUACAUUAUGUAAAUGUAAGCACACACUGCUUCGUGGAACAGUUGGUUCCUGCAUAAGUUUCUUAAGAAGCACCAGAAAGACAGCUUAGAUGUGAAACCGAGCUCAAAAAAAAAAAAAAAAAAAAAAUUUCAUUUGUGAAUGGAUAAAAAGAAUGUGCAAGUUUCUUGUAGCCAGAGUAUACUGAUUUAAGCGAUGGCAUUGAAUGGAAAAUUUAGUUUGUAAUUGUUCAGCAGCUGCUUUCAGGAAUCUUGUGUAUCGAUAAUUCCUAUAGGAUCCAGGUUCUCAUGUUUCUUUUCAACUAUGUAGAAGUUUUGUUUUGGCCUUAUAGAGUGUAGAAAAAGGUUGCCAUUGGCCUUUGAAAUCCAUUCAAUAUGUACAAUCAAUUUCCAAUUUCAGUUCAUUAUGAUAUUACUUUGCAGAGUUCCAUA